UUGCAUUGCUCCUUUUAUUGGUCCUUCGAGCGGCAAGUCACCUGCUCGAUGCUGCGCCCGUCAUCCGGGGCACACUCAGCUACUCACCUAGGUGUACAAAUAUCGUGAGUACCGUAUACAACGGCUGCAUCAUGCGACGCUGAGGGGCAUGGAGGGAUUGGGUGAUUAUGGUGAUACUGAUUCUGAGGAAGAGCAUCCGAGCACUAUUGAAUCGCCUCCCUCAAAGUCAUCUGCAGUGUCCCCUACUGCACCACCCUACCGGGCUGCACCCACCGUGCCUCAACCCGGCACUCUGAAGCUCCCCAGCGCUGCAGAUCUGCUCUCUGGCAAGGGCUUGGACAGGGCCGGGCCCCCGUAGGCCGGCGCCGCCGAAGCGCGGCCAGCCGGCCGCGGCACAUGGGCGGCACAUGCCGCCGCCUGGCGGGGCAAAGCAGGCGCGCACGGGGGCGGCCAGUGCAGCGACUGACGCCAGAAGAGCUGGCAGCCAUGGCGGUCUCUUCCUGCCACCCCAGCUAAAGGGCAGGCCGAACGUUGUCACAGAAGACCUGGACAAGAUGGGCGUCAAGGUGAAGUCUAAAGCGCGUGAAGGAUAGGAACUUCCUAUGAGGAAGGGAGACAAAGGCGAGCUUGAAAGUGACAGCGUUGUAUGAUACACAAGAGCGCAUGCCAUGCAGUGGCUGCAUGCUGGAUAGCAGCAACUAUGUCUCAUAGGUACAGAAUAAUUCAAUGACAACUGGAUGAACAAGUUCGAACCUCCGUCUCACGUGAGUGCACUCAUGGGCGCUGCCAGAUGUUAUGACUGGCUGACAAGUGCAGUAAUGCUACAAUACAUGCUCGCUGGGACAAAGGCUUUGCAGUCAUACAGAGCACAUGACACACGAGGUGUAAAGGGGAGUGUACCAGCUGAAC